UGAGUAAUCAAAGGCAUUAUAGCCCCUCUCCCCCUGUGUGAUGCCGGGCAGCAGUAAGAGUGGGGGUGCGGGUGGCCUCCCCUCGCCCCCCCAUACCGCCUCCCCGUCCCGGCCACUUCGCCCGUCCCGCUACGUGCCCGUGUCGGCGGCGACGGCCUUCCUGGUGGGAUCCACCACACUCUUCUUCUGCUUCACGUGUCCAUGGCUGUCGGAGCAGUUCUCGGUUGUCGUGCCGAUCUACAACGGUGUCACCUUCCUGUUCGUCCUGGCCAACUUCUGCAUGGCCACCUUCAUGGACCCGGGCAUCUUCCCCAGAGCGGAUGAGGAUGAGGACAAGGAGGAUGAUUUCCGCGCCCCGCUCUAUAAGACGGUGGAGAUCCGGGGCAUCCAGGUCAGGAUGAAAUGGUGUUCCACCUGCCGCUUCUACAGACCGCCCCGCUGCUCACACUGCUCCGUGUGUGACAACUGUGUGGAGGACUUCGACCACCACUGCCCGUGGGUGAACAACUGUAUCGGCCGGAGGAACUACCGCCACUUCUUCCUGUUCCUGCUGUCCCUGACGGUCCACAUCAUGGGAGUGUUUGGCUUCGGCCUGCUCUACGUCCUCUACCACACACAGCAGCUGGACACGGUCCACUCUGCCGUCACUAUGGCAGUGAUGUGUGUGGCUGGUCUCUUCUUCAUCCCGGUGGCUGGUCUCACUGGCUUCCACAUGGUACUGGUGGCCCGGGGGAGAACCACCAACGAACAGGUGACGGGGAAGUUUAGGGGAGGAGUGAACCCUUUCACUAAUGGCUGUUGGAAGAACGUUUCUCACGUGCUCUGCAGCUCCCAAGCCCCCAGGUCUCUCUCCCUCUUUGUUCUCUCUCUCUCUGUCUCUCUCUCUCCCUCCCUCCCACCCUCUCUCUCUCUCUCUCUCUCCCUCUAUCUCACUCAGUCUAAAAGCAGUCUGGAGAUGAUGGAGAGUCAGUCGUGUGAUGCGGAGCCUCCUCCUCCCCCCAAACCAGAGCUCAGGUACCCCGGCCUGUCCAGAGGCCACCAGGAACAACACACAGAGGAGAGUAGUCUUCUGAGCAAAGCCCCGCCCACACCCACCAUGUAUAAGUACAGGCCGACCUAUAGCAGCCCGGGAAAGAACCACACUGCCCUCACUCAUGCCUACGCCAACCAGAUGAGUCGAGGGGACAGUCUAAAGGAGUCGUCUUCUCUGCUCCAGUCCAGCCAGCAGCCUGGCUUCCGCUCUGAACCCAGCCUGGAUGGGAGAGAGGCCCCAGGGGAGAGAGGGGGAGGAGGAUUGGGAGGAGGUGGAGACAGACCCGGAGGAGGGGGGUCAGUAGGGGGGGCACCAGGGUCAGGGGGUGGCGGUAUCCCCGGUUACUCCCUAGGGGGACGUUCCUACCCCUCCUUUUCAGACCCAACGGUUCUAUCUUCCGGUGGAGGGGCUUCCCGUUCUUCCAGCGUGCGUUCUGGCUCCGCCCACAAUGCGGCCCACAUCUCCGAGGCUACGACCUCCACGAGCUACAAGAGCCUGGCCAAUCAGACGCCUCCUCCGCGCAACGGCAGCCUAUCGUAUGACAGCCUGCUCACGCCCUCCGAGAGCCCCGACUUUGAGUCAGCCGCACCCGACAUGUCGCCCGGGCGCCACCGUACCCCCGCCCCGCCCCCCGUCCUGGGCUACUCCUCCCCCUACCUGUCGGCCCAACUCAGCCAGCAGAGAGACGCAGAGCUCCACCAGCCUUCCGCCUCUUCCGUAGCCCUCCUUUCCUCCCCACACCGCGCUCACUAUCUCCGCGUCACCUCCUCCUCAUCCCCCCCGCCUCCCCCUGAGAGGGAGCGACUCCUCCAGGAAUCGCACUCCCACUCCCACCACUCUCAGCCCCCUCCCUCCUCCGCGGCCCCCCAACCCCCCCACCCACACCACCACCACAGCAGCCACAGCUCCAGACCCCCCCGCUUCUCCCGGCCCCCGCUCCUGUCCGACUCGGCCGCCCCCCACCACUACCCGUACCGCACCCGGUCCACGGACACCCCCCUGGCCCCCUCCACACACCCCCCGCGCUCCCCCCACCCCCCGCCGCUGGGGAAGUCUCUGUCGUACUCUUCGGCGGCGGCGGCGGAGAUGCAGUACCGGAUGGUGCGCAAGGCGUCGGCCUCGGCCGGAGGGGGAGGGGGAGGGGGGGGCGGGAUCCAGGCACCUAAGGACGAGAUUCAGAUGAAGUUGCUCAGCCGGACGAACGGGCAGCCCAGGUCCUCCCUUUCCUCCUCAGGCUCCACCCCUUCCUCCCCCUCUCACCCAAUCAGCAUGUCCACUCGCCCCGGACAGGCCUAUCCCAGCCCUGGAAACACCCAGAGCCCCGCCCACAAGCUGGGGGGCGGGGUGAAGAAGGUGACGGGCGUCGGCGGGACCACCUAUGAGAUUUCAGUCUGAGUUUGACGGGUGGCCACUCCGACUAAUGGUGUCAGGCGUUGGAGGUGAAGGAGGGGUCAGAGAUGGACUGAUGAUAUUUCUGCCUCUCGGACCCUUCAGGAGAGAGGAAAGCUUUUAAUGAACAGACGUUUUAAAAGUUGCUCUUCUUCCAAAUGCGAUGGACUCCGGACUUCCUCUCUCGUUCAGAGACCUCCAGUCAAGGAACUACAGAACUAAUCGGGAGGAAGUUGUUUAACCAGUCACAUUCAAGAACACAAUGCACCAUUAUGACAUGGUGGGCGUAUGGGCCAAGGGAUCCAAUCAUACCCCUUAAGAGGCGGGACUCUUUGACAAUCCACCAAUUUCUGGGCGGGUUGAACUCUGUGGGAAAGAUUGAGUGACAGUUAUGACUGGGUUUGCCUUUUAUUGGAUAAAACAAGGAAGAUCGAUAUGGCUGCGUUUACACAGGCAGCUGGAUUCUGAUCUAUUUUUUUUUUUACCAAUCAGAUCAGCUCUGAAAAAGAGCUGAUGUAAAAGGAUCUGAUUGAGCAAAAUAAAUCUUAAUUGGGCUGCCUGUGUAAAGUCCUUUUUUAAAGAAAAGAAAUGUACUUUCAUUCAUUCAUAAAUGUGUAAUGAUUCAUUCUCUGUACAGAAUUAUAUGGUUUGGAAUUUAUGGUGAUUUCCUCCAAUCAGUGGCAUUUAAAGGUUACAGCGGCACGCUCCGGCCACUAUUGACCACUGUGAUUGGCUAGUGAUCUCGCUGCCAUUCUCUCUCGACCAAUCAGAAAUGGAGAUGCUAAACUGUAGUAGACGGCAGGGUCAUUGGUAGAGUUUGUUUUGCCCAGUGCCCCGGGUGGGUGGAGAUUUCACUUAAGGACCAAUGGAAUGGUUAAAAAAAUAUAUAUCGCUGGGUCUGUACUUUAAAGAUGGAGCGGCCUUUUCUAAACAAACUUUGGAGCAAUGGCCUUGAAAAUCAAGGAGAGAAGUGUUUUUUAUUUUACAUAUUUAAUUUCAAAAUGUUAUUUUAUAUGAAUUUCUCUCUAUAUAUAUAUAUAUAUAUAGCUGUUGAUAAGAUCACAAUUUUUUUGAAUGGCCUAAUAGGGUUUUUCUGGUUUGAGUUAAUUUCAGAAUUGUAACCAAAACAGGGGAAAACUGUUGCCGUGUUCAUGUUCUAGUCGGAACUUGGACAUUUCUGACUUGCUAACUGGCUAACAAGUGCCGCGUUUAACCAGUUAGCAAGUCGAAAAUGUCAGUUUCCUAGUUCCCGAUUUAGCGCUAGAGCGCGGCUCAGUUGUAUUGAUGGCUGCACCAGCCAAUCAGAGGCUGGGUUUUGAGUCUUCAGCCAAAGAGUGUAGCUGGACAAUGUUAUAUGGUUCAGCUAAUGGGAACCAAUGUAUAUGAUAAAAGGCGAUGUAGCAUUUUAAAGUCCUUUGAUACACAGUAAACCACUCGACUUCUCGUGGGGCAUAUUUCAGAGACAAGUUAUCGUUGUACCUUCUGGUUGUUUACUUCUGAGCUUUGUAAUAAUUUGUCUGAAAUGGCACCCUAUUCACAAUAUAGUGCACCACUUUUGACCAGGACCUAUAAGGAAUAGGGAGCCAUAACACACACAACCAAUGUUUCGUUUUAUUGGUCCAGAUAUUGACGUCUCCGGUUGCCACUAGCUGACCUAUCUGGAAACUAGCGAGGAUCACAUGCUUUGCCGUGACCAAUCCGUAGAGCAAGAGAUUAAUUUCAGCCUACUCUUUUAUUCGUUAACGGUUAAACCAAUGAGAUGAACAGCUGAAAAAAGUCAGUAACAUCCUUUUUAUAUUUAUUUUUUACUUUCCUUUGCAAGAUUUUUAGGACAAUUUACAGGGCAUUGCUAUAAACCGACAGUUUGUUUGACCAGUCAGGAGCGUAGAAUGAAACUAAAUGGGCUAGGACUAAAAGAGCACGUCGCCCAAUAAGGCAAAGACGUUUGACUGCCAUCAGGAACAGCCAAUGCCCUUGCAGAUGUUUAGACAAGUACGAGCCCGGGACUUGGGUGUUUUGAAAUAAAAUAAAUAAAAAGAUAUGUACUAUAUAGCUGUGUGUGUGGGCGUGUGCGUCUGUGAGUGUGUGUUUGAGCAUUGGUAAUAAAGUAUUUAAAACCAAAGGCAA